CUCUGACGAUGACAGUUUACCACCUGCAACAGCAUGCAGUGAGGAGAUUGACCUGCUGUUCCAUCUGAACUCUGACCACGAAGAUGACCCUGAACAAAAUGGCUCUCACCCUUCUGAAAUAUACACUGACAGUCAUGGCUCCACAGACUUGGGCAUGGAUGACCAACAUGAGAACAUGCAAAGGCAGGAAGAAUUGCCUACCAACUCACCAAGAACUACCACCGAAAACAACCCACUGGCGGAACUUUUUGGUGAUGUGAUCACUGAGCGUGUUGUUGUGUCCCGUGGUGAUGUCCUGCUGAUGGUACUCAACUAUGCCUGCAGAAACAGCCUCACGUUCACUGCCUUAUCAAAUCUUAUUAAACUGAUCAACAGGCUAUUUCGGAACCCCAUACUACCAGAGUCUCGUUAUCACAUCAGUGAAAUGAUCCGCAGUAAGGCUGGUGGAGGUGUCAAAUUUCAUUUUUACUGCACUUCCUGCUACCACUAUAUGGGUGAACUUCCUGACAACACUUCAUCGUUUGAGUGCUCACUGUGUAAGGAAACAUGUAAACUGUCAAGUGUCGCUGAAGCACCUUUCUUUGUGACUUUUGACCUUCGUCAUCAACUUCAACGAGUUCUAGAGGAUGGCGAUUUCACAGACUUGACACUCAGUGAUCCAUCAAGUGAGAGGGUAAAUGACAUUCAAGAUGGGACUAUGUACAAAGAAUUUGUUGCAGCGACCGCUGAAGCAGGACAAUGAGUCAGCUUUACCCUCAACAUUGAUGGUGCACCUGUUUUUAAGUCAUCAGCAACUGC